AGCACGAAAUACGCAAAAACAGCAAAAAGCCGUGUGAAAAGGCAAAGAAUAGCAGAAGAACGAGAAGAACAUUCUAGUCGGCGACAUUUUUGAAAAGGAACUGCGUGUUUUGCAAAAUAUCCAAUUUUCUAAUAUUUUUCAUCAGUUAAGCAGCAAACCUUCAGGGAAUCCACAGCAAUGGCCUGUCCCAUAGAUCCGAACGAACUGGUUAAGCUGAAAAUGUUUAUCGGCCUGUGCGAGACUCAACCGGAGUUGCUAAAUCUACCUCAGUUGGAUUUCUUCAAAUGUUUCGUCGAAAAACUAGGCGGUAAAGUUCCGGCUGGAACACCCGACUUUGGAGGGGUACCGAAGUUUAAGCCGGCGUCACAGCAGCAGAAAGAGAAAGAAGAGCCCAUGCCAAGUAAGGAUGAUUCCGACCCAGAGUCGGACGUAGAACUAGACGUUGAAGGUUGUGUCGAGCCGGAUAACGAACCCGAUCAGCCGAUGGGAGAUUCUUCGGCUGAGCCGAGUGAAGAAGAUAUAGAUAAAGCCAACGAGCUGCGCUCGAAAGCAACUGCAGCUUAUUCCGAACAAAACCACGAUGAAGCAGUCAAAUAUUUCACCGAAGCCAUCCUACUCAAUCCGAAAAGUGCGCUGUAUUAUGCCAAACGCGGUCAGGUUUAUUUGAAGUUGGUUAAACCGAAUGCUUGUAUCCGUGAUUGCAACCGCGCCCUAGAGAUUAAUCCAGACUCUGCCACAGCGUACAAGUUCCGAGGCCGUGCCAAUAGACUUCUGGGUAAGUGGGAAGAAGCUGCUAAAGAUCUCCGUCAAGCUUGCAAAUUGGACUAUGAUGAGGAAGCCGAUGAAUGGCUCAAGGAGGUUACCCCUAAUGCUAAGAAAAUUGAACAGCACAAGUUAAAGCUGGAGCGUCGCCGACAGGAGAAGGAACUGCGAGAACGUCAGGAACGUGUUCGUAAAGCGCAGGAAGCUAACAAAAAGGCUGCUGAAGAAAGUGCCGGUGCUGACUUUGGUGAUUUCCUUGGUGGUGGCGGUGGUGGGGGAACCGAAGAUAUUCUAAAUGCCUUCAAGGAUCCUGAGGUAGCGGCCGCCCUACAGGAUAUCAUGACCAACCCGGCUAACAUUGGCAAGUACCAGAACAAUCCUAAGGUAAUGAAUCUUGUUACUAAAAUAGCGGGCAAAGCAUCACAGACAGGUUUCCCGGGAUUCGGUGGAAGUACUGGAGCAGGUUUUCCAGGUGAAUUCCCCGGUGCCGGAGCCGGUGGGUUCCCAGGGGGCUUCCCGGGUGCCGGGGGGGCUGGUGGUUUUCCAGGAACCGGUGGUGGUGCAACUGGGGGCCAUAAAACUACAGACGAUUUAGAUUAAAUACUUGUCGCUGCAUUUAUGUUGGAGUUUGAUGGAUAACCCGUUUGCGCUUUUAAAGAGAACACUUUUGGUUUAAAACAGGCAGUUAAACGCUGUAUCGAGUUUGUAAUAAAUCUUAUAACUAUUGUUCAACAUAUAGCGUUUUACCCGAGGCGUAAUUAUAUUCCAAACUAUGUCUUAUUAACUAGCGGGUAGGAUCAAUAAAAUAAAACGCUCCUAGUGUUCCAUAGAA